AUGUGCCGCGUCGUACUGCUCAACCAGACCCAGUACGUCAACCAUCAGUUGGGAGCGGGGCUCCCAGGUAUCCCAGGACGCGCGGCUAUCCCCCGCGCCACCGGACGAGAUAACUCGUCCGACGUCCGUUCACGUCGCGGUGGUUCAACAGCUGCUCAACUAGAUAGCGCUGGCCACCGCGAGAGUCCUCUAAUGGAGGUGGAGGAGGAGGAAAGACGCUCUCCACACGAUCAUGUGGAUCGGUGUGUUCCCGAGAGCUUCUUCGAUCGCCAUCGAGCUGAGUUUGCCUUUGCUCAGCUUGAGAACGAGAGAGCUCUGACGUCUCUGCGUGACGAGCUAAGGGUAGCUCGUGGGGAUGUUGAGCGGUCUCAAGCUGAGACAACUGCUUUUCAGAUCCUUGUCGAUGCCCACCAUCGGGAGCACAAGGCUCUCUGCGAGAUGCUUGAGCGCAAGGGCGUUCUUCAUCGGAAGAAGCAGCGUACUGAUGGUACGGCUUACGCCGACCAACGUAAAACGUGGGAUGCGUUCGCAUCUUACGUGGUAACUCGAUCGUGUAUGCAUUGA